AUGUACAGUGUGGAGGACCUCCUCAUUUCGCACGGAUAUAAAUUGCCCAAGAGCGGCCCUCCGUCUGCCACGCCUUAUGACAAGCGCCCUGCUGAUUGCCAGCGUGAACUCGUGGACAACCGGGCUGGCCGGGGGACGCUGAACGGGUACGAGGCGGAGCGGGGGCCAUCUAUCACGGGUAUCUAUGGCAGCAGGCAGGCGCUGGUGAAGGGCUACCCCGCCACGGACAUCGAGAGCGGGGAAAGGAUCCUGAGGAGAAAGGAACUUGGAAUUGGUAUCCUAGGUGACGCUCAGCCCUUGGGUGAUUCUCUCGCCACAGAUAGUGGGUUCUACGAUGUUCCCAGUUUGACUUAUUCAGAGCCGCUGAGCCAUGAAGAGAGGGAUGUUUCCUACUGGCGGAGGCGAGGCCAGGACUUCAGCAUCCUCCUGGACUAUGCUGAUGGCAGGGAGCUGAGGGCCUCUGCUGGUGCUUGGAGGCCACAGGCCCUGGUAGCAGCAGAAGAACACAGAGCCGAGAGGCAGGCGCAGCAGCUAUGGGAGGAGAUUUCCUGGCUGAGGGACCUGGACGCAGCCCCUGGUCAGCUGAGAGUGACCGGGGAGAGGAAGUGCCAGAGCCUCGGUACAGAGGAGUGGAGGCCUGCUGUGGGCCUGGGAAGGCAGCUGUCAGAGGGGGACGGGGACAGGUGGGCUCAUGACCAUUACCGCCUGAGGACACCCGAGGGCUUUUUUCACCCCAGAGCAAAGGCAAAGUCUCAGUCUCUCCCAAGAGUGUUGUCACCUGAUAGAAUUGCCAGCAGAGAGCUCAUUCCAUCCAGGCCUAGCCUCCCUGAUAGACAGAGGAUAAGCAGCACUGUCUUCUCUGGGCCCUAUAGUAGGUAUAUCUAUAGUGGUGCUGUUGUCAGGGACCGGUGGGGUAGGAAUGCUGGGCCAAGCAGCCAUGUUGCACUUUUACCAAAGCCCAGGUUCAGCAGGCCUUUAAAGCCUCCGUCAUAUGAGACUCACCAGCAGAAUAGGGGUAGCGCAGAAAUGCUUGCUAUAGAACAGGGUGCCAAACAAAAAGAGAGGCCUAUCUACUAUCCAAGAAGUGGGGAUCUGAGACAAGACUAUUACGCACAACACUCUGCCAUCACUGGAAUGGAGCCCCCUGGCUACAUCCCACCCCCAUCUUAUAGAAGAGGCCCACCCCCAAGGUCACAUUCAAUGAACCGCAAUGAAAUGGCAAACCUUAGAUGGAGAGCAGAAGCUCUGCAGAUGCCCAACUCAGAUCCUGGAAGGUGGUUUUACAGACAGGCAGGUUCAUGGCUUGAACAUUACAGAGAUCGUGCUGCGACCUUUCGUAAACAGCUAUAUUCUGGACCUGAAGAACAACUAAGUCAUGCCAGUCAAUUACCCACUGAAGACCCAAGACAGAAUCAAAUCUCAGGAGGGCCUAGCGGAAGUUCUCUCACAGACUCAGACAAGAUCCGUAACAUCAACAAAGAGGUUCCUUCCGCUAAGAUUAUAGGACAAUCUACACAUGAAAGUGCCUUUCCUCCCCAACAGGGGUCAGCUCCCAAUACCGAAAGCCGCAAAACAGCUCCCAAUGACAACGACAGCAGUAAUCGAUGGUGCAACAGGGGAUUAAACAAAAAAAGUGACAGUGUAGGACCUGAACAAAACCGUAGUCAGUUUUUUCCUUCAUCUAUUUUGGGUAAACCACCACCUCCCCCUUGCAAGCCAGCUGAACAGGUUGUCUCUGAAACUGUGACAGAAGUGAAGAAGGUGGAACAACCUGAGCCACCAGAAAAAGACAAAUCCAAGAAUCUUAAAAAGAGACUAAGUGAGACCAUUUUUUGUUUAGUGUCUGUACCCGUUACUCCGCAGCUUACUGGGACAAUCCGUGAUCAGAAUAACAACAAUGAAAAGUCACCAGAUCCAGCGGACAGUCCUAGUGACAACAAAACUGGCCAUUUAACUAACCAAAGUCUCCAAAGCACAUCUUCAGCUGAAGCUGAGCUGCAAGCACUAACUGGUAGCAUAGGUAGCAGCAAAACAAGCAGUAGAGCGAGCAGCAAAAUGUUUAGAAGAGUACCCUGUAGACCCCCUAAGAUAAACCAUUACAAGGAGAUGAAACUGUCGGGAACCUGGCCUGCAAACCAGUAUCGAGACCAGGAGACACAAACUAGCCCAGAGGCCGAAAAACCUGCCCCUGAAAACAACGAAGCACAAAAAGACCCUGUCGCUCCAGACUCUGAAGUCCCUACUGAUAGCAGCAGUGCAGUGGGCACUGCGUUCACUUUUCCUAUUAAGGGAGUAAAGAGCCUGAAACUGUCGAGCAACAGCGCCUUCUCCCUGACCGCCACCUUCUCCAACCAGCUGAACAAGAGCACAGCUCAGCAGCCAGCAGUACCACCCUCAGGAAACGUGGAGGAGCCCAAACCAGCAGAAAACAGUGGGCAGGAAGCAUUCGAACCAUUCCUGUUGAAACCCAUCGUCCAGCGUCCAUGGGAUGCUGUCAAAGAGCUGGAGACCAUCAAAAAAGAAGUCCAGGAUCAACAGCAGCAGCAGAGCAGCAAACAGCCCAGCGUUGAUAAGUGCAUAGAGGACCUCAACGAGGCCUACAAAGACAUCUUGGAGCUAGGCACUGCCAGCAAUAAAGUCCCAGAUGGUUCUGUUCAAAUUCCUGAGCGUAUCAAAAUCCGGUUGACAUCAGAACCUCUCAACAAGCCCAGCAGCCUUAGGCGCAGUGCAGUAAGCUGGUCUGUUGACCCAGAAUACAGGGAAGUCAAGAGCGCCUUCUCCAGGCCUGCUACAAAGUCAGUAACCUUCAGCAAGCAGCUUCGGGAGGAGCUCCCCGUCCCACCCCGGGAGACAGGCUUCAGAGAAUACAGGGUUAUUACACAUCUUUCGCGCAGACGGAGCAACGAUGGCAGGACAGUAAAACUAGAGCUGCCAGAUGAGCCUAUUGAGACACCACUUUGUGACUUCAGUCCAAUGACAAACACGGCAGCAGCUGAGAUGCCAUGGGCAGAUAGACAGCCCAUGCAGGAUGCCUCUACGCUCACUAGUCCUCCGGAUUAUGAGGACAUAUGCCAGACUUUGCGUCCCUCUAGAGACCCGGCGGAUGGCAAUAAAGCGUCCGCAGGCAAUUUUAAAUCUAAUGAUGCAGAGACUCUUCAAGAUCUUAGAGGUGAAUCAGAGGAGGAGUGCCCUAUUUGUAAAAGAGAACUUGAGAAUCAAAUGAGACUGGGCCCAUUGCCUCCCCUUCACGAGGAGAACAGCUCGGACAGCUCGACCAAUCAAAAUGGCAGUCCACCACACCGCGCUGCAUUAGAGGGUGUUAAAACAGAAGAGCCAAAUGAUUCAAGUUUAAAUCAGUCAGGGUCUGACCUAUGUGCUGGAACAAGGGAUCAGAAUUCAAUGACAGAGGAAAAUGUAGGAGGGGGUGAAAAAGCAGAAAACCAGGAGGAUUUGUGUGCAGAUAAUCCUGUUGAGAGAAAACCAGCAAACGGAGCUACAGAGGAGAGCACAUCCACAACAUCAGCUACUGAUGUGCCUCAAGACCCCCAAGUCACAGCGGAACAGAGUGUUAGUGAAACAGUAACUAAGGAAGUAGAAUUAGCAGAGAAGGAAGCCAAUACAGGAGAAACACCUGAGGGUAGCGCAGACAAACAGACGGAAGAAGUGAAAAGUGAAAGUGAGGGACAAGACAGUGCAAUGCCUGAUAACAAGCAGGAGCAAGAAAAGAAGCCAUUUGCUGGUCCAGAGCAUAGACUUGUUUUACGGACUCAUUUGGGGCGAGAUCACCCCGGGUUACCGGAGUUUCCGCCAGAUAGACUGCCACUUUCAGUUCCUCCAAACCUAGACCGCAGGCUGUCUCUUAGCUUGGAGGGGGAGCGGAGGAGCAAGGGCCCCGCCCAGCGAAUGGAGGCGUUGCAGACCAAGCUGGCUGUUUCUCCAGGUCGCGUGGCAGUCGAGCGCAUGGGUUGGAUGAGGGAGGUGGACGUCAUGUAUCGUAUGCGGCGGCUCAGCAUCAGGAGUACUGACUCUGGGGAGGGGGAGGCAGAAGGGGAGGGCAAGGACGAACCAGAGGAGGAGCCCCAGCCUGGUCCUCAGAGAGACGAGGAGAACGAUCAAGAUCAAGAGGUCACCCAUUCACCGCAGGUCUCUGAGGAGACAGUGUUGCAAGAUGAGCAGGAGUCAUCUCUCUCAGAACCCCAUGAUCCCAGCCGAGCGGAGACAGAGUAGAAAGACUGCGUCCAUCAUCUUGAUCUGAGGUUUUUAGCUCCAACACUGUGACCUGGCUGCCUACUAGAAUGCCUUCAUCUCAUCUUGACACUGAAAUGGCCUUCUUGUCCGACAAGAGCAUUGUGUACACCCUCACCCUCGGCGCUGCGUUGACUACUAAGAGUGCUGUUCCACUGCCAAAGGGAGGUGCCCCUUUAACUUGUGGGGCAACUUCCACUACGAAUCCCUACCCAGCCUUUCCCAAACUGACUUCCCACUACCCCAUCUGUCCUCCAUCCCCAAACCCAUCCUCUUAUAGGGUUUCUACUAGUUAGUCUUCUUGUAGCGGCUUGUCCUUUCUAUUCUCUUCUCCCUAUGCUUUUCUCAUUGGCAGACAUUAUGCAAUUCUGUCGUGCAUACUAGAACUUAUAAAAUGUCCAUAGUGAAUACAGUUGAGACAUUUUUUUGCAUACUGAACGAAUCUUGUUUGUUUACGGGAGAGCUAUUAAGGAUAUGAAUGUAAGCGUUUAUGUUUAAUCUAACGUAGACAUAGAAGGGUUAUUGUCCCAACCUUUUCUGUUGCAUUUAAACUACACCAAAAUAAACUGCGUAUCUGAUUGUCGUGGUGAGGCGACAGCUGUUUUAGAACUGGACAUCACUGUCUCUGGCUCAAGAACUGUUUUGAUUUUAGACGAGAUCAGUCAGCCUUUCUUUUCUUAAAAUGUGACGACAUUGUGCCCUGUCUCAUUGCUUUUGUACACACUGCAACCGUAACCCAUAAAGCUCUUCAAUGAAGAGUGACUCUACACCACAUGAGAUGAUAGACCAGUGACCUAUUAUACAUUGAAUUGGUUUUAAGCUGGAGGGGGAGAGUUGCCUUCUUUAGAUGUGCGGUAGUCCUCUGAUCAAUCCCAUGAAUAGCUCCCUUUUCCAGGUAAUUUCAGGAAGCAAUAAAGGCACAGAUUGAGUUUAAGUGUUGGUUGGUGAAUUUGAUCAACUUUAAAGAUGGAUAUAGGGAAAUAGAAGAAAAAAAAAAAGAUAGGUAGAGCAAUAUUGUUGUACAAACAGCUCAGUGGUGUAGUGGAGCUACCUGUAGGACCCAUUGUCAGGAGUUUUGAUGUGUGUCAUUUGAAAUCAUAUUACAGGGAUAUGGAGUCGUGUCAGGGUAUAACAGGGGGUUUCAUGAUAUAUAUCUAUGUUCAUACAUCUGUAUCGCAAAGAGACAACAUUUCAUGGAAAAGUUAUUUUUUUUAUCAUCGAAUUGUUAAUCAGUUUGCAUAAUGUACAAAAUAAAGUAUAUUUUAAAUAUUUUAAGAGAUAUUUUGUAUUUAACCAUGACAUUUUAUUUCUCAACACAUAUAUCAAGAUCAAGGUAUCAUAUGUCUGUAUAGUAUUAUACUGAGAGUAUACAUACUUUUCUAGUGCUUUAAAAUCUAAGUGAUAUGAGAAGGGAUGGCCCUGUGGUGGGCCUUGAUCACACGAUUCGGUUCCAGUGAGCGAUAGGGUUCAUCAUUGACGGUGUUGACGUGAUGGAAACUUUUUGAAUGUGCCAUGAUUUCUUAUUUGAUAGUGCUUUUUCAUACGCUAACAGAGUCAAUGUCGGACGCUCCUUGUGAUAUUUAAUUCAUCAAUCCAUAUCAGCUGUAACUCCUCUGUUGGUGGUCAGACAUGACUUGUGUCUUAUCUUUGUCUUUGUAUGUCUACCAAUCCAAAUCAUGUAUCGUUCUGUUGUUGGUUCUUCAAAAACAAGUUUAGAAAUAAAAUUGGGAUUUUUUUUAUUUUCCUCCCUCCCUUCCUUCUUUCCCUCCUCUCAACUUCCUCCUUUAUUACGUUUAUUCUACAGCGUGUUCAUGUUGUGUAAAAUGUUCUGCCGUCCCUAACACUUAUUGCACUAAAAGGAUACAAUGCAGUAUGCUAUUUUUGGCUAAAACCAUACAUUUGCAAAAGUAUGAAAAUCGUUUUUUUUUCUAAAUACAGGGUUUUUCAAAUGAAUUUAAAAUAAAAAUGUAAAACUUAAACAAUGAUUUGAAAAAAUAUUAUUAAUGAUAAAAGUUUGCAGUUAUGUGGUUUUUCCUACAACAGCAGUGCUGCAUUGGUGUAACGUAUCAACAGAUUUGUAGUAAACCAUCACUGUUUAAUCACUCACCGAGUACCACUCAAUUGUUAUGUAGCAUUUUACAGUUGUAGCAUUUUAUCAACUCAGAACUUUGUCUUAGUAUUUCAAACAUUUCUUGUAAAUUUGGAAUAAUCAUGUCGCCUUAUUAUGUGUGCAUUACAUUAUACUCCAGGCAAUGCCAAAUAUUAACCUACUAAGCACUGUUUCAUACCUUAGGUUUUUACACACAACUUGCUGUUCUGCCAUCCCUCUGGUGGGAGAGGUACGGUAGCAUUGAGGAUAGUUUCUGCUCUUCAUGGCGUUAGUCUGAAGGGAACAUUGAAUCAAAACUGUGAUCUUCAAAUAACUCAAAAAGCAUAAUUUAAAAAAAGUACAGGAUAAGAUUCAGUGUUUCAAGAGAGGCUUAAAGUCAGCAUCACAGGGAGGACAAGCUGACACGCCCACAUCUCAUUUUCAAUUCAUUUUGAAGACUGAAAGGCUUUGCCCCGGUCUUGUGUGUAAACUGCCCCUAAUGACAUUUAAAUACCUAUUUCAGUACAUACGCCCCCCCAAAUAAUUGGCAUGUCAGGUACACUUGAACACAGUGUCAUUUGACUUUUUGUACUGCAGGUUAUGUGCAACAUGAAGUAAUUAUGCACACUUGUAAUAUUUUCUAUUUUCAUAUGAGAUUUAAGUGCUUUUUGUACUCACUGACAUCUUUUUUUCUUCCUUGCAUGAAAUGCAAGAGAAAGGAGGAAAAAAAAUGUUUUUCACAAAGUAUAUUUGCAUUUGGUACUCCAAUAGUAAAUACAGUGGGCAAACAUUAUGUUUCAUAAUUUAAUUUACAAAACUAUGCCAAGUAUUUAAAAGCUAUUUUUAGAGUAAAUCAGAAGAGAACUCAUUCAUUUUCUUUCAUUUUAAGACAUGCCUUUAUCUUUGUAUCUAUAAAUAUGAGCAUAAUCCAUAGUCAUAUGAUUGUGCUACUGUUGUAUGAUACU